AUGUCGAUCCCAUACAUCCCGUAUCUCGAAAGAGUCAUAUCCAGGCCGACCUCGCUAAGUAUCCUGCUUUCCCUUCUAUUAAUUUAUGCUAUCCGUCAAUGGCUUCUCCCUCGCCCAAUUCCUGGAAUUCCAUACAACCUCAAGUCUUCGAGAAAGCUGCUUGGAGAUGCCCCUGACAUGCUCCGUGAGGUGAAAAUCACCAAGGAGCAGAAUGUCUGGUUGGCGCGGCAGAUAAACAAAUUUCAAUCGCCGCUAUGUCAGGUUUUCAUAAAGCCCUUUUCUCGACCUUGGGUAUUACUUGCCGAUUCAACGGAGGCUCAAGAUAUCAUGAUGCGCCGGCCCGAAUUUGACCGGUCAGACAUCAUACUGGAUGGACUGAGUCCGUUGGGUGACUUCCAUGCCCGAAUGAAGACUGGUCCGAGUUGGAAAGAGGCGAAAGCUUGGUUGAAGGACCUUGUAGGCCCAAGCUACUUGAACAGCAUCGGAAGUCCAAUAAUUUACAAGAACUCGGUCCGCCUUGUGGAGUUCUGGGAAUCCAAGGCACGUCUGGCUAACGGUCGACCGUUCGAUGUAAACGAAGAUUUGGACCACAGCGCACUCGACGCCAUGCUGUUGUUUUUAUUUGGCCCUCACUACAAGCACACAGCUCUUGACCCGCACUUGGAGAUCUUGUCCCGGCUAGAUCCUUCCAGCAUUGAGGUGGGGAUCCAUGGGGAGGCAAAGUUUCUGGCUGCACCUCUGGACGAGUUCAUCACCUCGAUGUAUGAGACAGUUGAUGCCAUGGAUAAGGUGUCUCAAUCCAUGGCACCCCGAGCCAUGAUGUGGUGGAUUCGACACUCUCCUCGAUACAAGAGAUUUGCUGCGAUAAAACGACGAGUCGUCCAGGAACAAAUUAUAGGCGCACUUAAGAGACUCAGUACCACCAGGGAGACCAAGGCUGCAAUAGAAUACAUUUUGACUCGAGAGAAGAUGGCUGCCGAGGAACAACACCGCAAGCCAGACUUUGGAAGUCCUAUCCUGGAAGACGAGGUAAAAUCCGGUGUCCUCAUUGCUGGCCUUUUCAUUGCUGGUUUACACACGAUCAGCACAACUAUCGCAUGGAGUUUCAUCUAUUUAACCAGAUACCCACAAGUCCAGGAAAGACUUCGUCUUGCGUUACAAACAGCAUAUGCCGACGCUGACGCGGAGAACCGAGCACCUACCAUGAUUGAGCUUACCCAAACUCGGGUACCCUACCUGGAAGCUCUACUAGAAGAGACACUCCGUCUUCACGCGACCUCCCUAACACGACAAGCUAUCUGUGACACAGAGAUACUCGGAAAGCCUGUUCCCAAAGGCACGAACGUGUUCUUGAUCGCCAAUGGGCCCGGCUUCCACGGACCAUCAUUCGAUAUCGAACCCAGUCUGCGUAGUGCGACCGCAAAGCCUAAUAACUGGGACGAAAGUCGUGAUUUGAAAGUCUUUGACCCUGAACGCUGGCUCGUACACAAGGGGGGCAAGUCUUGGCGUGAAGCAGAGUUUGAUGCGAAUGCGGCUCCUCAAAUGGCCUUUGGCAUGGGACCUCGCGGUUGCGGGGGCGCCGCUUGGCAUACUUAG